AUGAGAAGACCCUUGAUUUUGAUAAUUUCUCUCUGGCUCAUUACUAUUGCUUCUGCCUCUCUGUCGAUUAGGACAGCGACAGCAGUUGUUGACCAAUCAGAAAUCACCACUGAUUCUGAAUAUGUUGACAUUUAUGAUUGUGGAACAGAUUUUUCAGAUAUUACCAGCCCAGAUCAGAUUCCCAAAGCCAAAUAUGGGUGCCGCUAUGCUGCUUGGGUUGGAUACUAUUUAAACCAAGGCCAGGCUGCAUUAACAAACUUGACUUCUCUUAUGAACGAAUAUUCAACCUACGAACAGAACUAUAAGGCCUAUAUUGCGGCGAUUCAAAGUAGUAUUAUGUCUGACUUUGGUGAGUGGUUAAACGAGAACGAUCUUGGAAACUUGAAUUACUAUCAAUGCACAGGUUCUAAGUACGUUUCUUCGUGUAUCCAUGAAAAUCUUGUUGGCAGAGAACGUAUUUGCACAAGUGGAACCUUGCUGAACUUGUAUAUUCCAGAUUCCCAAAAAGCCGCGGCGGCUGCUAGUUUAUCGACGUAUUAUAGCGCCACGAUUAAGGCAAGUGAUUUGACAUUGAUGGAUAGUUCUACAACUUUCCAAUUGGCUGAUAACGCAUUGGCGUGUAGGUUCACCGCCAAAAAUAUGACGUUACCUAGCGCAGGAUUACUUGACAACGAUCCAAUCGCGAGUUUCACCUGGGACAACUUGACCAGCCUUGCGACUCUUUUGGCAACAGCCAAAGACUCCCUUGGAAAAGUUAGUCCUAUUGAUUUGAUUGACUUCUUGACCCCAGUUCCAGUGUUCACCAACAUGGCUCAAAGAGCGAUGGAUAUCAAUGCAAAGGGUGCCCAGCAAGUUGAAAUAGAAAAGGAAGAACGAAAAUUGGCGAUUCUCAAUAUAAUUUUCACUAUUGUUGGAGUGGCGGCGAUUUUUUUUGACGGGCCUGCAGCAGUUGCUCUUGAUUCGGUAUUAGCAGGUGUACAAGUUUUGGCAACCUGGUCAAUUACUGGCGAAGUUCUGGCCGCAGAUAUUAUAUCUGCUAUUGGUGGAGCAUUGGGAGGUAUUUUUUCUGCACUAAGAGUAGGACGUAACUUCGGCGAAGUGGUCAAUACCUUUCGGUUUUCUUCCACCAGUGAUUUGACCAAACAAAUGCUUAAAAUGCCGGACUAUCAAGACUGUAUACAAGCAGCUUAUGGGGUGGCCAUGUCAACUCUGUAA